CGACUCCAUCUUCCGUCAUCAGCAGCAUCGAAUCCAUCGGCUAGCUGAAAAGUCCUGUGGAUCCACUCGCACCCAGCGCCAUCGGACCUCCAAAUCGUAGAAGUCGAACCCUCGAAGCGCUGCCUCGCCGAUCACCCCUGAUAGCGUAGUAGCCCCCAACAUGGCGGUUGGCAUCAUCAACAGCUCGGUGGCGAAUGUGUCGGCGUACCCCUGCCACGCACCAAUGGACACCAACCGGUUCGACGACCUCGUCCUCGGCCUGAAGGAGGCCCUCGGCACUUGCUCGGGUCUCACAUCAGAGGAUGUCGACGUCGACCAUCUCCGUCGAUUGAUGCGUGACUAUGACUCGGAUCCGAAAGAAUGGUCGAGGUACGCCAUGGGCGAUGAAAGCAGAGGAUACACGAGGAACCUGGUCGACGAAGGGAAUGGGAAGAGCAACCUGCUGAUCCUCGUGUGGUCACCCGGCAAGGGCAGCUUGAUCCACGACCACGGCAACGCCCACUGCCUAAUGAAAAUCCUCCGGGGCAAUCUGACGGAAACGAGAUACGCCUUCCCAGAGGGCGACGAGGAGAAGCCAAUGCGCGUCAUAUCGGAGAGGGUUCACCAGGAGAACGAGGUGGCAUACAUGGCGGAUGAGCUGGGGGUGCAUCGCGUGUCGAAUCAGGGCAGCGACUUCGCGGUUUCCCUGCAUUUGUAUACCCCGCCCAACGUGGCCAGAGGGGGAUGCCACAUCUUCAAUGUUGAGACGGGUAAGAAGAGCCAUAUCAAGACGUGCGGAUACUACUCCGCGUAUGGCAAGAAGUUGUGAGAGAGAAGUUGGAAAGCGGUUCGGUUCUCUAGGUACUGGUGCCAGCGGCGUUUAGGGGUGGUAAUGGUACUUGAUGAUGAAUCCAGUCUUUCAGAGAGACAGCAGAAUGGAACAUCUACUUCCCUCCUGAUAAAGCGUCAUCAGAAUAUGCGGUC